GUCUGAUCGACGUUAAUACAGCUGUCGUUUCAAGAGAACUGGCAGAUAUUAGCUGCCUGGAUGACCCGUCCGGAGAAGCUCACCGAGUCGACGAAGUUGGCAAGCCAUGUAGCAACGAUCAAUUGCACUGACCCUCGUAGCAUACUGUCAGUGGGCUGGUACGCAUACAUGGUCAGCUUCAAUAUCUAGGUCCACGAAAGACGGCUUGUUGCACAUGUGUGAACAUCUUUCCGUCAGUCUUGACAAUCUCUCGCUACAUGUUUUCGUUUUGUUCCCGUCCCAACCAUGUACAGGCCUGCCGUCCUGUUCAGCAUUGUCCUUCGCGUCUCACCCUGCGUCAGCCUGACUGCUUCUCAUGACCGGAGAAGAGAGGGAGAUGGCACUUACAUCAACACAAAGCUUGAUGGAAGAUCUGUUUGGUCAUGGAAAUCGAGUAUGGCAGGCGGAGGCCGCGGGGGCGUUCCGCAACGCGAGAUCACUAUCCCACCCUCUUCGUUUCCUGCCUCGCAGUAGUGCGCUGGCGAUUGGGCCGUAUAUGUACCACCUUUCUGCCGAACGAGUCUUCAUGGGCGUAGCCGGGGCUGCAACCAAUGUCACCUGUCUUCUCACGGUUUCAGAAGUCCAGGCAGAUGUGAGUGUACUGAUAUGCCGGGCCGUCUCUGCAUACUUCGUACGGUCCCAACCUACGGCCGGCUGUAUACGCGGACUCGAAGUGGCCGAUCGUGCCUAUGAGGUGCCGGAAGCGGGAGCAUCUAGACAGGACGACAACAAAAUUCUUCCUCACAGCACACCUACUGCGCUUCUGUCUAUCGCAUAUUAUUGAUGACAGGCAUCGGCAGAGCGAACCUUCCCACACUCUCACGUGUUGCAGGUCUUGCGGCGUGCCUACGCAA